CUCGGCAUUUUUUACUCCAUAGGCUUUCAGGCACAAGAGCCACCCAAAAUGGCACCAAUCGAACUUGCAACACUCGGCACUCCCGUCCUUGCCCUUCUAUCUCGUGCAAUCGAACCAAUGCUGCGCCAGACUUUCGCCCAGCCACCUGACUCUCCGGCCUCGGAUUCCGACUCUAUCUUGGACUCAAUACCAUCGAAUAGUUACGAUGGCUUUGCAAGCGAGCUUUUACUGGUCUUGGGGGAACGGAUGGGAAAAUUGGCGGGUUGGCGGGCCGCGUAUUGGAUGUGGGGUCCCAUCGAGGAAGAUAGUGGCGAGAUUGAUCUCGCGAAGGGUAGUCCCCUAAAAUCGUGGUCGUGUAGCCAGCGCCCUAUCGGAGAUGGUAUCACCAGCCCAGAUGCCCAAGCCAACUUUGGUACAACCAACACCCAAUCCAGACCAAGGCACCAAAAGUGCGUGAUCCGGAGACCAACCUAUCCGACGACCACCCGAGUUGAGCUCCAGGAACGGCGAGUUCGGCUCCUCGCGCUGAAUCUUAGGAGACAAAAAGCAAAGCCAUCACCGCGCUCUACGAUUACCCGCUGGGCGAGCUCCGGAACUUCUGCACUUUUAAUCCGAAAACGAACACGAUUACUGCCAUGA